AGGUAGAAUUGGAAAAUUAUGAACUGGGUUUUGGAGAUUGACUCUAUUAAUUUUAUAAUUAAGAAAAGAUUUUCUGGAAAGAAAAUGAACUUCUGAGUAUGAAACACUAGAGAAAAUACUGUUAUGGUUUCCUGCUAUAGCUUAAGGAAACUGUAUUGAUAUUGUAUGAGAUUGCUGUCUAAGGAAACUAAAGUAUAAGGAUGAAGGACUCUGAACAGUGAUUAAUCGGAUAAUUCAACAUAGAGAGUGAAUAGUACAGUGAACUAGCUUAAGUGAAAAGUAGGUAAAGCUAGUUUUCUUUCUGUCUUAUCUAUUUCUCUUUUAAUCUUAUUUUCUUUCUUUUUUCACCCUUUUUCCCCCAUUCUUAUUUUUAGUUAAUUCUUUUUUACUCACCAUAAUUUGGGAUUGAAGUUAUUUUUAAAUCAAGUAUCAAUGUAUUUAUAUUUUGCUUUUCUUCAUAUAUAUUCAGAUGCUAAAGCUUGAAUGUAACAUUUUAUCUGUGUGACCACAGUAAGAAACAAAGACUCCCUAAUCAUGGUAAAGGGUAUUUGGUUAGCCUGAAUGGUGAAGUACUUUGAGAAUUAUAAAUAAUCUUGAUAACGACUUUUGUAACUAGUAUUGUGUCAGAGGUGGCUGAAUAAGUGAGAUAAGUGAAUAAAUGAGAGACUUGCUUUUGAAUUUCUUUAAGAAAAACCUUUAAUUAAACAGUGUGCUGAAAUGUGUUUCAGGAAACCACAUCUCUCCAAAAACAAAUUUUAUUUUCUUGUAGAAAUUACUUUUUAAUGGGAGAACUUGUUCUCAGUAAAAGACCUAAAUAGAGUGAAUUGUGUGAAAGAUGAAAGAUGAUUGUGGGUACAGAUCCCCUUGAUAUAUGGCCAGAAUUGGACAGAUGGAAAUAAAAUGUUGAGGGAGUUCCUGUCUUUUGGGUCUGUAUUCUCUAUGAAAUUGGAGAUGAAGUUAUCCUCUGAGAGUUAGAAGAAAAGAGAUGAGAUUGAAAGCUUGAGAAGAGUGGUAAAGGUAUGGGAUAUUUGCAGAGGGGAAAGGCAGACGGAAUGGGAGGAUUGCUGGCUAGCCCUGUGGACCCAGCCAAGUUUGAGACUGAAUUUUUAUGGAGUACAAGUAUUAGCUUAGUAGUAUACCUGUAUUAGAGAUUGUUUCUCUUAUCAAUAAUUUUAGCAUACCUUUUAAAAAUUAAAUAAAUGAAGUUUUUGUCCUUUGGGGACAAAUAUGAUCAGAACAUUCUUUAAUAGAACCCCUAAGUUAUUCAAAGUAUUUCACUUGGUACCUUAUACUGUAUAAGAGUUCCUUAGCUAAUCAUGUAACACUUACUCGUUAUGUUAGCCUUCAUAAGUGUCGCUUUAGUGAGCUAACAGAUCACCAGCAAAUACUUACAUGCUGUAUGUUUUUGUUUUUGUUUUACCUAUACACGGGGGAUUUUUCUGAAGAAAGCCAUGUUAUCUUGUUGGUUAGCACGAUUAUGCAAACAAGUUUCUCAGUGACAAUUUGGCUCAAUGGGAGAAGCCAUGCAAUAAUACUGCAUCCAUUGCAUAACAUAAACAAAUGUAAAAAUUACUAUGAAGUACUUGGAGUUACCAAAGAUGCUGGUGAUGAAGAUUUGAAAAAAGCUUAUAGAAAGCUUGCUUUGAAGUUUCAUCCAGACAAAAACCAUGCACCUGGAGCAACAGAUGCUUUUAAAAAGAUUGGAAACGCUUAUGCGGUUUUAAGCAAUCCAGAAAAACGAAAGCAGUAUGACCUCACAGGCAAUGAAGAACAAGCCUGUAAUCAGCAGAACAAUGGUAGAUUCAAUUUCCAUAGAGGUUGUGAAGCUGAUAUAACUCCGGAAGACUUGUUUAAUAUAUUCUUUGGUGGUGGAUUUCCUUCAGGUAGUGUACAUUCAUUUUCAAAUGGACGAGCUGGCUAUAGCAAUCAACAUCAGCAUCAACAUAGUGGACAUGAAAGAGAAGAAGAAAGAGGAGAUGGAGGGUUUUCUGUGUUUAUCCAGCUGGUGCCCAUCAUUGUAUUGAUCCUCGUGUCAUUGUUAAGCCAAUUGAUGGUCUCUAAUCCUCCUUAUUCCUUAUAUCCCAGAUCUGGAUCAGGGCAAACGAUUAAAAUGCAGACAGAAAACUUGGGUGUCGUUUAUUAUGUCAACAAAGACUUUAAAAAUGAAUAUAAAGGAAUGUUAUUACAAAAGGUAGAAAAGAGUGUGGAAGAAGAUUAUGUGACUAAUAUUCGAAAUAAUUGCUGGAAAGAAAGACAACAAAAAACAGAUAUGCAGUACGCAGCAAAAGUAUACCAUGAUGAUCGACUCCGAAGGAAGGCAGAUGCCUUGAGCAUGGACAACUGUAAAGAAUUGGAGCGGCUGACCAGUAUUUAUAAAGGAGGAUGAACUGGAAUUUUAUGUAUACCUUUUAGAGUACUCUCUAUUUUUUCUGUAAGUAAGUUUAGUUUCAUCAUGAGAGCUAAAGAAAAACAUUUGAUGUUGAAAACUAAACUGAAUAGUUGGUCCCUGAAAUCUUGGACUGUUUAUGACCUACUGUCUCCUUUAAAUAGUGAGAAACUGAAAACUAAAAUUAAUAUUUUAGUUCUGCUUCUGCAAUUAUUUUCACUUUAAAAGCUUAUAUGAUUCCUAACUAAAAAUGUCUUGAGAAAGGAUUAUCACACCUGUAGCAAUUUCUGGUUUUAGAUUCUUAAUUUUUUUCCCUUGUCAUGUAAAUAUUUAUGGAAUGAUCAUUUUGUGUAUAUACAGGUUAUUGCCUUUUUAUUUAAAUUCUUUUGGUGUUUAGCUCCAUGAGACACUUUAAAGUGAUGGAAUAAAUGUUUUAUGACAAAAUUA